AUGGCAAACUCAUGGAAAAAGGUAGAAGAGGAGAGGGAGGAACCGAAGCCGGAUAAACUACCACCUUGUCUAAAGAGCACGAUGUCGGCCAGGAAUUUAUUCUUCGGGAAAGACCUAUUGAGCCAGAUCUCCGAGUUCUACCACGAGCUCAAGAGAAUGGCGGUUGAAAGUAAAACUCCCAUUGAAGAAGAGGCCGAGAAGGAGGUCAACAAUAUAGCUGAAAGCCCUCAACAAGAUACAUUUCCAAAGGACGCCAGAGCAAAUCCUCCGACACCACAACGUUUCCCUUCCCCUCGCGGAAUAAAGAACGGAAAGGAAAGGGCAGUUCUUCAAGAAGGUUGCAGCAAUGUGUCUGCUGCUGGUGAUUCUGGAGGGAUUACAAUAGAUUUGUUCUGGUUUCUGAAACCUUGUUCUUAUCUUUAUUGUCUCUUUUAUGGGAUAUGUGUUGCACAGCUCCAUGCUCAGCUACUCAUCACCGGAUCACUCUCUCACUCCCCGCCCACCACUUGUUUGCUGAAAUGCCUCACAGAAGUCUCCUCCACCCCGCACUACUACUUUCUCGGCUUCUUCUCCCGAAUUUUGGAUCCUUCCACCUUUCAGUGGAACACCAUCAUCUGGGCCUAUUCUUCCUGUCAUUUUCCCCAAGAGUCCCUCAAUUUGUUCCGCUCGACCUUGGAAGGGCAAAUGGUGCAUGCUAUGUUUGUCAAGCAUUUUCCUGAUUGUGAUGCAUUUGUAGUGAAUUCUUUGGUGUAUAUGGGACUUGUGAAAUCUCGAUUCGUGGAUGAUGCUCGGAAGCUAUUCAAUGAAAUGCCUGUGAGAAAAGUGGUUUCUUGGACAAGUUUGAUAGCCGACCAUGCUAAAGAUGGAAGGGCUUCAGAGGCCAUUAGGGUGUUCAAAGAGAUGAUGUUUGAGAACGUCGAGCCAGAUACUAUUGCAAUGGUUGCAGUCCUAUCGGCAUGCGUACAGUUGCAGGAUCUAAAAUUGGGCAAAUGUCUUCAUCAGAUUGUCAUCGACAAGAGAAUUGGUGUGAACAACAAUCUUGCUGUUGCACUAAUCAAUAUGUAUGUAAAAGGUGGAAGCAUCAAGUCCGCUCGUCAUAUCUUUGAUUCAAUGAACAACAAGAUUACACCAGCAUGGAAUGCCAUCAUCGAUGGGUACUGUAAGAUUGACAAUAUUGACAUAACUCGAUCCUUAUUUGAGAAAAUGAAUGCUCCUGAUAUCAUCUCAUUUAACUCAAUGAUCACCAGAUACAUACAUGGAGGUAGACUUAAGGAAGCAUUGUAG